CCUCCGCACUCGCUGAUGGUUUAUCCUGUUGGAGCACUCAUGCUGCUGAUGUCAGAGAGCUGAGUGAGACUGGGGUGAUGGCGAGCACAAAUACAGACUCGCAGUCUCUCUAGUACAUUAUAACUUAUCAUCAUAAGGAUGGAUGGAAAUGUCUUUCCUGACCAAGAGCAGCUCCUGGUUUUCCUGAAAAAACUCAAAGAAGUCUUCGACGUGUGCGAUGACGAUGCAGACGGUUAUAUUCGCGUUGAGCACUUCGUGGAUCUCGGUCUACAGUUCGGCCAAAGAGAUGAAGUAAAGAAGUUUGCUAAGUACCUGGAUCCCAAUGCUCAUGGCAGAAUUAACUUCAAAGAUUUUUGCCAUGGAGUAUUUGCAAUCAAAGGCUGUGAGGAAAUUCUGAAAUCUGCACUCGGGACACUGAACACUGGAGCACAGCCGUACCAGACAGACAAUGGCUACUACUAUCAGCAUGGGAACGGUGGUGCGGGACCACCGGUCAUCGUGUGCACGCGGCCAUAUCCUGAAUGCCAACUGUAUUCUGAUGAGGAAGGACUAGGCGGCCGGGACGCACAAGAGUCAGACAUGGACAGUGCUGGAGACAGCGGGGCAGGAUCAGAAUCAUCAGAAGGAGGUCGCCAUGAUGAUAAAGAAGAAGGGAUGGGCAGACUCUUUCUGCACGGAAACAGCUGUGGUCAGAUGGUCUUAUCGGCAGCAGCCUCAGUGAUCUCGGUGGAGGAACAGUUUGAGGACUAUGGAGAGGGAGAGGAUGUGGACUUCACGCCCAGCAGUCCCAUCCCUGAUGAUGACACACGCACCAAUGGAUUCUCCGACCUGGGUUCCUCUCUGCCUUCCAGUGCUGGUCAGACGCCUCAGAAGAUCAGGCAUCUGUACAACAGUGAGCUGUUGGAUGUUUACUGCUCUCAGUGCUGUAAGAAAGUCAACUUGCUCAAUGACCUAGAGGCCAGACUCAAGAACCUUAAAGCUAACAGCCCAAACAGGAAAAUUUCCAGUACAGCAUUUGGUCGCCAGCUCUUCCAUCACAGUAACUUCAGCAGCAGUCAGGGCAGCACAGAAGAUCUGUUCAGAGACAGUAUUGACUCCUGUGAUAUCGACAUCACUGAGAAGGUGAGUUAUUUGGAGAAGAAGAUAACAGAGCUUGAGAAUGACAGUCUGGCCAAUGGAGAUCUGAAAUCCAAAUUAAAACAAGAAAACACGCAACUAGUGCACAGGGUACAUGAGCUGGAGGAGCAGAUUAAAGAUCAGGAGAUGCGUGCUGAGCAAGGUCUGGAGGAGGAACUGAAGAGACACAGAGAGGCUUACAGCAAGAUGGAGAGAGACAAGGGCACUGAGAUCGAACUGCUUAGUAACAGGGUUCAACAACUCGAGGAGGAAAAUGCAGAGAUGAAGGUGAAUGUGUGCAGACUAAAGUCUCAAACUGAAAAACUGGACCAGGAGAAGCAACGUAUGACGGAUAAGUUGGAGGACACCAGCCUGCGUUUAAAGGAUGAGAUGGAUCUGUACAGGAAAAUGAUGGAUAAGCUGUGGCAAAACAGACACGAGUUUCAGAAAGAGCGAGAGGCCAUGCAAGAGCUGAUUGAAGACCUGCGCCGUGAGCUGGAGCACCUGCAGCUGUUUAAGCUGGAGAACGAGAAGCCCGGCCGUGGCAGGAAUGCUGCAGGACUGUCUGAGUACAAUGCCAGGACUCGUGAGAUCGAGCUGGAGCACGAAGCCAAGCGACUUAAACAGGAAAACCAUAAACUCCGAGACCAGAAUGAUGAUCUGAACGGACAGAUUCUCAGCCUCAGUCUAUACGAGGCCAAAAACCUGUUUGCGUGUCACACCAAGGCCCAGUCACUGGCAGCAGAGAUAGACAACGCCUCCAGAGAUGAGCUGGUUGAUGCUUUGAAAGAACAAGAGGAGAUCAACUUCCGUUUAAGACAGUACAUGGACAAGAUCAUCCUGGCUAUCUUAGACCACAACCCCUCUAUUCUAGAGAUUAAGCAUUAAACACUUGAUCACUUCUCUUGAGCUGAUAGUGGAUAAAGGACGUGCUUGAUUAAGUGCUCCCCCUUAAGGCAAGGGGUGUAAAAUGCGCUGACACAGCCCCCUUGACCAGGUCAUCUUGUAUUUACAGAGCUAGUUACUGUUGAAAAAAUUUAUCUGACACACACACACACACACACAUGACAGUUUCCAUUGACACUCAUCAUGCUAGGAAAUUUAGGCUGUAGAAAUGACAAAAAUAAGCGAUUAAACUGGAAUGUAGUAUAGUAGAGGACUUGUCAUUUUUAGUUAUAUAUGCACACUACCUCUGAGUACGUACAACUCUUUGUUGUAUUCUUCAUAAAAAACAAAACAAAUAAAAACGUAUUUAAUAUCAUUGCGAUCACACUACUGACUGAGGAGAGAUAUAUAUAUAUGCACUGACAGGGUAAUCAGUGUUUGGGGGGAUUCUGUUCCGGAAACCCUAUAGAUUUUCUCUAAACCUUGUUUUUGUAGUACUGUUCAUCUGUGAAGUCAGCAAUAGGACAUGAGAUCUCUAUCUGAGACUGAAUGCCACAUGAUAAUAGGAGUUAUGGUAAUAAGGAUCAGCAGUAAAAAAAAACCUUCCUCUGAAUUGUCAACAUGCAAUAUGUAUAUGCUGUAAUUAUAGUCAUAUUAACAAACAUCAUGUCAACCCAUUGUAAGAGUAUAGCUACUCUGUAAAACUCAUUGCAUAUAAUGGAUGAUGCUUUUGGUUGCCAUAGUGAUCAGCAUCUGUCAGGGCUGGACCAGUCAUCAGCAUCCUUAGUUUGAGGAGUCAUGUGUAGUUCUAAACAAAGCACAAGAGAGGUGAAGAGUGUGAGCACAGUCAAUGUUGUAUAAUAUAGUAUAUACGAUGAAAGAGAGAAAAGACUAUAAAAUCUCAAAAAGAAAGGUUUAUUUUUUGUAAAAGUCUGUGAAAAGUAUACAUGAAAUAACAUUUAAGUAAAGAUGCAGAGUUGGUGGAUCAAGUAAAUGAUUAUGCUGUUAAUAAACAAGUAGUCUUGUUUACUACAAAGCUCCCAAAACUAUGAUAAUAAAAUACAAUUUGGUUAAAACCAUUAACUUCUAUCUAACAAUAUGUUAUAGUGGAUUUAUCUUUUGUGAAUUGAUGAAUUUAUACAUAACUCACAGUAAUAUUAAUAUUGUACAUCAAGUGCCAUGAGUAGAAGAAAGUGCACAUUAAAAAUUCAAAUCUACAUCCCAUGAAUGUCUUACCAUACACGUCACUCACUGAAAAAAAUGAUUCAUUGAAUUUAAUCAAAUUUUUUAAGGUAAGUGGUUGCAAUCAAUUUAUUUAAGCUACAUUUAAACAAAAAAGAUUAGUAAAGUAAAAUAAAAUAUAAAACUUUUGUUUAAAUGUAGCUUAAAUAAAUUGAUUGCAACCACUUACCUUAAAAAAAUUGAUUAAAUUCAAUGAAUCAUUUUUUUCAGUGUAUAUUCAAUAAUCACUCCUCCAUGAAUUAUUAUUCAGUAGUCAAAUAUAAUGUGAAUCACAGUAUUUCAAAUUAUUGUGUAGUAUGAGAAAGGAACCAAUAAUGCUACGUGCUUGAUUGUUACUCAACUAGUUUUGCUUUGUUGCACAAAUUGUACUGAAAUUGUUUCUUUGCAUGUUUAAUCUCUUUCUGUUUGUGCCCUUUGUUUGGAAUGCAACAGUUUUGAUUGUUUCAAUAACUAUUAUUAUUAUUAUUAUUAUUAUUAUCAGUUCUAGAGGAGCUUUCUAUAUAUGUCUGGUAUAUUUUGCAUUGUAGCAUUUUUUCAAUGGUUGUAAAUGUUGUACAGAUAUUAGUUCCUAUUUGUAUUGCUGUGCCACUCAUCAACCUUAAUGAAUAGAUUAAAGGAAGUAUUUUAUACAGUUUUAUGAUAAAAUAUCAAGGUAUCUUAAAUGUUAGACAUAUGACCAAGCAAUGUAGAAGUCAUUUUAAAUUAGUUUUCACCCGGCACUGUCAGAAAUAAAGGUACAAAAAUUGUAACCGGGAUAGGACCCUUUAAAGGUAACACCUCAGCGACAGCUUUUAUUUACCUUUAUUUCUGAGUGUUGCAUUUGAAAUUAUAAAGUAACAUCAUAGUUACUGUAAUAUUCUUUAAAAUGACUCAUUAUCAGUUGUAAUUUCAUAGACUAAUAAUUGUUUAUUAAUAGUUUUAAAAAGGGACGUUUAGCCUGAAACAGUCCAUAAUCAGUCUUUUGAAGAAACAACCAUAUUACACCCUUACUGGUAUAUAAAAUAUUCACUGUAUAACUCCCUGUGACUCUCCAUAAGAGGUGUAGAUGUUAUAUAAUAAGCGAAAGGUUUUGAAUGGUCAAGCAGCAAUGUAGUUUUUGCACAUUUUAAAGAGUGCUUUGUGUCCACUGUUACAGGUAAGAUGUUUCACAGUUUGACACUUUUGUAUGGAUAAAGGUUUACAGAAGUUUUCUGUUGUUGUUUAUGCCUUUUUGUUGUUAUAGGAGAAGACUGAACUUUUUCUUGUCUCAUGUAUGGGUAUAUAACACCAUAUAGUAUUAUUACUUGUUUCUAAUCACACAAAAUAGGGAAGGACAAAAAUCUUUGAGAAUAUAAAUAAUAGUUUAAAUGCCUCAAGAGUUAUGGCAAAUUGUAAAUGUAUAAUAAAUGACUUUUGGCAUGA